CCAAGCACAGCACCUCAGCCCUUUGGGGCUGUCCCACACCUCAACAGUGGCCCUUUGUGACAGCACCAUCGGUGACUUCACAGCAGCCACAGGACACGGGCCACGUCACAAAAGCAGGACAGGGGGCCCAGAGCUGCAAUCCCAUAGUGAGAUCCGUGGGGCUCAAACGCCGCUAUUCCAGCCCCACCGCGGCCCUGCUGCUGAGGGCGAGAUGUCAUCAAGGGAGGACACUCCAGAGCCGGGCACCUCUGCUGCCAGCACCAGCCAGGCUGGCCCGCCCGCGCCGCAGGACAACAGCCGGGAUGACACCGCGUGCCCGGAGUGCCGGGACAUCAGCACCGCGUGCUCCAGCUCGUGCCGGCACUGCUUCUGCCGGCUGUGCCUGUGGGACUGGAGCCUGGGCCAGGCCGUGUGCCCGCGGUGCCAGCGGCCCACGCGCCACCCCUACCCCCAGCACGUGGCCCUGUACCACGAAGUGCAGGAGCGGGUCUACGAGAGGAAGCGGAGAUGGCGUGGCCGCUCGGCACAGCAGCCGCGCAGCUGCUCCGGACCCUGGGAGAGGAGGCCAAGGAGAUCCAUGAGGUGGCCCCGCGAUGGCCGCCGGGAGUCUUGGCACGCCCCAGGCAGCGACUCCCCGAGGAGGAGGCAGUGGCAGCUGCAGAGGAGAGAGGACGCACCCGAAGAGGGACAGACUCUGAGGUUUGAGUGGGACGUCCCAGCCUCCUCGCAGGGACAUCGAUCCCGGCGCAGGCCCCGCAGGUCAUGGAGCCAGCAGGAACGGUCGCGGGGCCGCCGCAGGUGGAGCAGGGGCAGGGAGCGUUUCCGUGGCUGGGACAGGCCCUCCAGGAGAGAGCAGGACACCCAGACAGGCUCCCCCGAGCGCUCCGCAAGGCAGCGGCACUGGAGGAGCUGGAGUGCUGAUGACAGACAUGCUCCAGGGCCCCAGCACGAUGUCCCCUCAGAGAGGAGUGAGACACACCAGUGGGAAGAUGCUGAUGCCUCCGGACAACAGCGCACAAGAAGGAGGCAAAGCCGGGGCAGAUCCCACAGGAGAGGCCAGAACUCCCAGGCAGGCUCUCAGGGAACGGUGCACCACGAGCACUCCACAAGGCAGAGGCGCUGGAGGAGCUGGAAUGCUGAUGACAGACACACUCCAAGGCCCCAGCGUGACACCCCCGAGAGGAGGAGCGAGAGACACCAGUGGGAAGACCGGGAUUCCUCCAGGCAACAGCACGCGGCAAGGAGCCGAACCCGGGGCAGAUCCCACAGGAGAAGGCAGAACUCCCAGAGAGCCUCCCAGGGAAUGCCCCACAACCACACCACAAGGCAGAGGCAGUGGAGGAGCUGGAAUGAUGACCAAGAAUGAGCUCCAAGGUCCCAGCAGAACAUCCU